UGGGAGUAAAUUGCAACCUAUUGUUUGAAGAAACCCAUAAUCACAUAUUCCCAAGAAUCUUCUCCUUCAAUCACAAAUUCCACACUAUAUUCUCGCUUCCUCUACUUUGCUUCCUUUCAACUUCCAACAACUUGCUCUACAUAAAUAAAGUGAUAAUAAAACAACCCCAUUCUUCUUCUUGGUCUAAAUAUUCUAUCUUUUUUUUAGUCUUUUUUUGUUUCUUUUUUCCCCAUUUAAUUGUGUUAAAACUAACUAACAUGUGCAUUCAAGACUCAGAACAAGUGAAUGAGGCUAUGGAGAAUUUGGACAUUUCAAAGACUGAUAACAAUUUCAAGAACCAAUCUUUGCUUUCUAAAGCUGAAUUACAACAUACCCAGAUUCAGAAUUAUGAAAAAAUUACAACUUCUAGCCAUUCUGUGAUGAGAAACUCAUUCCCACUGGAAAGUAUUUCGGAAGACGCAACUAUUGUGGAUCGGAAACAGAUACUCUUUAAUAACUUCCUCCCAACCCUUAGGUCUGGAGAUUGGUCCGAUAUUGGAGGUCGCAUUGACAUGGAAGACACUCACAUCUGUAUUGCGGACCUAGCUAAGAAUUUUGGCCAUAAUAUACUUGGUGAGGAAGCUAUUUCUUUUUAUGGAGUCUUUGAUGGACAUGGUGGGAAGGGAGCAUCACAAUUUGUUCGUGACUACUUGCCGAGGAUCAUUGUUGAAGAUGCUGAUUUUCCAUUGGAACUUGAGAAAGUGGUCACAAGAUCUUUCGUAGAGACAGAUGCUGCCUUUGCCAAGUCAUGCUCUCUUGAUUCAGCCUUGUCCUCAGGCACUACUGCACUCACCGCAAUGAUAUUUGGAAGAUCAUUGCUUGUCGCCAAUGCUGGUGAUUGUCGAGCAGUUGUAUCCCGACGUGGACUGGCUAUAGAAAUGUCAAAGGAUCACAGACCUUGUUGUAUUAGUGAAAGAACUCGUAUAGAGUCCGUGGGUGGAUUUGUUGAUGAUGGCUACUUGAAUGGACAGCUAGGCGUGAGCCGGGCAUUAGGUAACUGGCACAUUAAAGGACUGAAGGAGGUUGAAAAGGGUGGGCCAUUGAGCGCUGAGCCUGAACUGAAACUGCUGACAUUGACAAAGGAAGACGAGUUCCUGAUUAUUGGUAGUGAUGGAAUAUGGGAUGUUUUCAGAAGCCAAAAUGCAGUGGAUUUUGCUCGUAGGAGACUGCAAGAGCAUAACAAUGUGAAGUUUUGCUGCAAGGAAAUAGUAGACGAGGCCAAAAAGCGCGGUGCAAUAGACAACUUAACGGUAGUCAUUGUUUGUUUUCACUCUGAGCCUCCACCUCCAGUUGUUUUUCAAAGAUCAAGAAUAAGGAAAAGUAUUUCCGCGGAGGGGCUUGAGAAUCUAAGAUCUUUGCUUGAAGGCUAGAGCUGCAAUUUACUAUAUCAAUUUUGUGCAGCCUGCAUCAUAUCCACUUAAACAACAGCGAUAAUGACGAUUAAUUGGUUACUUCUGGACAACUUUGUAAAUACAUGAGAGGUAAGCUUAUUUUCUUCCUUGUAAUUCUCCCAUUUAGUCCAAGUGCAAGAUGAAAUAAAGCUUAAGGGAGACAAGCAAAUUAUGGAGCCAAAUUUUUGUACAUAAAUUAAUCUAUUCUUCAAUUGUAUGAUUCCCCGACUAAAGGAAACUCAACUGAAUCUCACCUUCUGGUUAGACAAAAUUGAUUGUUGGUUAUGUUCCAACC